ACAGGGGUUUAGUGGUGACAUAACAUCAGUUUCAUACCAUUCGGAGGGCGUAGAAAAAGUGAAAGCAUCAUGUGUUUUGGAAUCCAACACAUGCGGAUUUGGAGACUCCAAAUCAGCUUCGACUACUUGGCGUGCGUCAUUGCGCAGCGGCGCGUCCAGCCCACGGUGGUUAACGGGAAUCUGCUGACAGAGCACAACCAGUUGUUUGUGCAGGCAUAUGUUUGCGCGGAUCAGCAGGUGCUACCUUAGAAAAAAGAUUAAAUACGUGUAUGGAAGUGGAGAUUUCACCCGUGGCGAAUUGAGGGAGAACUCUUUCAUCGAAGGACUCUAAUUUCCAGGAUGCGCUGACGGACGCGUGUGUGACAUGAUCGUGGCGAUAGAUCGAAUCAGAUAAAUUCAACCAGGCGUCUUCCCUCCUUUGCAGCCAUGGCUCACUCCGUGUCUGGAGGGACUGUGCUCACCAUCCUCCUCAUUAGCAGGUUGUUAGAAAACUCGCUGCUCAACGCAGAAGUGAAGGAAGGAGAGAUUCUGCCUCCUACCAUUCAGAAGCUGAUGAAAGGAUACAACAAGUAUCUCAGGCCUUUCUUUGACGAUGGUCCUGUGACGGUGGGCAUGAGUUUGGACAUCGCUAGCAUUGACACCAUUUCUGAGAUUAACAUGGACUACACGGCCACCAUAUUUCUCCGCCAGCGCUGGACGGAUGAGCGCUUGGUGUUUGAGGGCAACAAGAGCCUGAGCCUCGACGGCCGCCUUGUGGAGCUUCUCUGGGUGCCAGACACUUUUAUUGUUGACUCCAAAAAAUCCUUCCUGCAUGAUAUCACGGUGGAGAACAGACUGAUCCGUAUCUUCCCCAAUGGGACCGUCCUUUAUGCUCUGAGGAUCACCACUACUGUGGCAUGUAACAUGGAUCUGACGAAGUACCCCAUGGACAAGCAGACCUGCACGUUACAACUAGAGAGCUGGGGCUACAACAUCAACGACGUCAUGUUUUACUGGACCCGAGGAAAUGAGUCUGUCAGUGGCUUAGACACCCUCCAACUGGCUCAGUACACCGUAGAGGACCACUACACAUCUGUCUCAGAAGCUGUCUAUGAAACAGGCCAUUACCCGAGGCUGGUUUUCCACUUCGAGCUGAAAAGGAGCAUUCUGUAUUUCAUCCUGGAAACUUAUGUCCCCUCAAGCUUGCUGGUGGUCCUGUCGUGGGUGUCCUUCUGGAUUUCCUUAUCCUCUGUUCCAGCUCGAAUUUGCAUAGGAGUGACCACAGUCCUGACUAUGACCACCCUGAUGAUGGGAGCCCGGACAUCGCUGCCCAAUGCCAACUGCUUCAUCAAGGCCAUUGAUGUCUACUUGGGAAUCUGCUUUAGCUUCAUCUUUGGAGCUCUUAUUGAGUACGCCGUGGCUCACUUCUGCACUCUAACUCAUGCUGAUGCUCACAUGUUGAUGUACCGCCACCACAUGCACGACAUGGACGACGAUAUGAACGGCAUUGUCACCACCAUUUCCACGCACUCCAACAGAGCCAAGAGACGCAAGGAGCCCGUCGUCACUUCGCCGCCGGCUCCUGCCUCGGCAGAACUCAGCGUCACCCCCUCCAGUCCUUCAGGCAGUGAGCCAAAGCCUGAAGUGUCCCCUCCAGAACCCACCAACUGGUGCCUCACCACUCUUGCCACACUACGUAAAAUCCUCCGCUUUAUAAGCUGCUGUCACAUCGAGAAUCCCCACCACAUAGACAACUACUCCAGAGUUACCUUCCCCCUUUCUUUUGUCUUUGUCAACCUGCUCUACUGGACAUAUUAUCUGUACUUCUAGUAUUGGCUUUAGAGCGGCAGUGUGUCUCUGAGAGUGUAAGGCAAAGACUGUAUGUAGACAAGAAGUGUAUUUUACUGUAUGUAUGUACAGAAAGCAUUGACAAGGUGUGUUCUGAGAUGGGUUUAUACCGUUUCUACAUUUGGUUUCAUAAGCAAAGUAGCAAACGCAAAUGAGACCAUUGUUUUUAUUUAUCUAUUUAUUUAUUUGGUUAUUUAUUUAAAAAAGGUAGAAUUGCAGCUUCAUUUUGAACAGUGAAACAGGUGCAUCUCAAUAAAUUAGAAUAUUAUUGAUAGUUGAAAUAGCAGUCCGGUGAAAGGUUUCCCCAUUUUUACAAUAUAAAUGCUCAAUAAUUGGUUGCUGCUCUUUUGAAUGAACUGCUGGAUCAGUGUGGCACGGCUUAAUGACGUCCUUUAACUACUCUGAUUGUUGGCUCUGGUGUCGUUUGUCCUCUUCUUGACAAUGCUUCGUAGAUUCUGUAGUAGGAUUACGUUAGGAUAGUUUGCUGAAAAUCUAAAUAAGGAUCUCUACAUUGUUUGUCAACAGAGGGAAGCAGAAAGUGCUCUAAAUGUUGAUUGUUGUUCUGACGGCUUGCUAAACACGGUGGAACAACACCGGCAGAUGCUAUUUUUUCCAAAAUCAGUGAAAUUUCCACAGUCAGUUUUAAGAAGAGCUCCACUUAAAAAAGCCUGCACCUUUGCUUUUUUCCUUCCACACAACUUUCCAGUAAUAUGCUAAGAAACAAAACUCAACCAACUCGAUAAUAACAAAUUAGAAGUCUUUGCCUUGAUUUUCAAGGCUGAUAUUUUUUAGAUUCUAGCUGUUUUCUGUAAUUGGUCUGAUGUAAUAUUCAAAUCUGUGGGAAAUUAAAUCUGGAGUUUUCAUUAGCUGUAGUCAAAAUGAACGGAAAUGACUACAAAAUGCACCACUGCAUGUAGUAACAUUAUAUUACGUACUGAUUUUUAAUGAUAUUUUAAUUUACUUAGAUUCACCUGUAUACUUGUCAUUCCUGUUUUUCAAAAUAAAUCAGUUAUUUUGCAAAAAAGAAACAACCAGCUUUACUCAGAGAACGUAAGGUCUGAACAGUUUUACCAAUCGAAAAGCAGGAAAAGGCUAUUGCAUUCUUUCUACUUGAGAUAUAUUCAUUUCAGAAUGGAGCUGUGAUUUAAGGCUUUGUGACAGAUUUCACAAGGGCUGUUAUGUGAGAGCAAAUUCCCACAGCACUUUGAUUUUCUGCUGUGACGGACUGAUCAUCGAUAUUUUAUAACUUCAUCUUCUUUCUGCAACAUUUAGGAGGAAGUAGAGGAAAAAAACCGAUGGUAGUUGUGAGGUGAAAAUGACCCAUCAUAGUGUGUUAAAAAGACAAAAACUCCAGACCUUUCUCCAAAUGGAUGAUCGCUCCUGCCAGAGCUGGAAAAAUCUUUUUCUCUGUCACUCUGUGAGUUGCAGUGAAGUUCUGUUUGCUUGCAUUUUUUUGUUUUUUUUAUUGAGAAUAUGAAUAUAUAUAGUGGCCUUUAAUCAUUUAUAAACCAAUUUUAUUACACUAAUCAUCAUACGAGUCUGAAGCCCCCUGUGUUCACUCCCUUUUAAGAAAUUGCACAUUGUGAAUUUUAUGAACACAGUACACAAAACAUAAAAAGAAUCUGUAAGAAAUGGUGCAUCCUAAAAUACCAGAAGGAUAAAGAAAUUAUGCGGCGUAAAUGGUGAAUAAAAAAGACACCAACUUCAUAUACAAGUGAAAUGGGAUUUUUCUGGAUUUUUUUUAGAUUUUGUCUCUCACCGUUCAGACCUCUCCAUUCUUUGAAAGUGGAAAAACUUUAGAAAAUGGAGUUGUCUCAAAUACCUUCCCUCCCCUGUAUAUAUCAAACCAUUUCCGAAGUAGCAGCUAAUUAUCAAAAAUGGGGUUUUUUUAGGGAUAUUUAGUUAUCAUAGAACAUAUUAUUGUCAAUACUGCCUGCUCAUGUGAUGCUGUGGUAAAUUACAAUCUUGUCUCCUGAGACUCGCCUUAAAUUGACCUAAAUUUCCCCACUGAGGGGGAAAAGGAAACAUUAUUCUCUUCUUAAUCAAUUCUGUGGAAUGAAAUAAACCUGACAAAGACAGAAAAACUAAACGUUAUCACCAUAUCAUAAACUUUGGAUGUAGAUAGUUAAGCUUUUACUAAUUCACGCUGUGGUGUCAAUGUCCACAGAGUGGGGGUAACAGAUUAGACAUGUGGAUGUGCAGGACUGCCACACUUAAAGUACAGUGAGAUGGUGAGUGAUACAUUAUUCAUGCAGUAUUUGUCUCUGUGGCUUUAGCAAUUGUUUCUCGCUGGGCUUUUGUAAAAACAUAAAGUAGUAGCCAGACUUUGUGGAAUGGGAAUGAAAUGGCCAAAAUAAAUAAAGAGGAUGGAAGCCUGUGUGCAGUGUGAACAACAAAAACAAAGCAGCAUGGCAUUUCUUGGUUUUCAUGAUUCAACUUUUACAAAGAAGGGAGAAAUCCCAUCCUAGUAAAUGCUAACAUAACCAGGAUGGGGCAGCAAGUGGCUAUAAUGUCUUUAUUACAUUUUAAAAGCCAUAAAAAGCAUUCUAAGUGUAGCCAGUGAUUGUGUUUUUGUAGCAACUUCACAGAAAAAAACCAAUAGGAAACCACUGUGUCCACUGAACACACAUUGAAGUGUAACGGUGACAGGGUCAGAACAAAAUAUAGAACAAAAGUACAUCCUUCAGGCAAAACAUUUUAAUGACUGUGUGCCCACAGUUGAUGUGUUGCAAAGAGGAAAUGGGCAAACAUUAGGAUUUGAGUUUAUAGUGGCCUUGUGACUGGGUCAGACCAUCCAACAUCCCAGUCUGACGUGGUCAGUCUCUAUUUAAAGUGGUCCAAGGAACGAGAAGAUGUGACUCUGUGACAGGGUCAUUUAUGUACAGCCUGUCCUCUGGAUAGACUGGAUCUAUCCAACAGAAAAGCCACUGCUGACCAAAUGGCAGAUUAAUAUAUAUGUUAUAUAUAUUACGGCCAAUACUAGUUCUGAUAGAAGGGGGCAGAAAUAACCAACAAUCGGAUGAAUUAAAUUCUCUUUCACAAUCCAUGAAUGGUCAGGUGAGCGUGAGUUGGCUAUCUGGGGAACACAAAGCACCAGGAAGCGCUACGAAGAGAAGGCAAGUCGCAUUAGCAUGAUAAUGACAAUGUUCUGCUGCAAAAUGUCUUUGCAGAUGUUACUUUGACUUUGACGCCACCUACCCAAGCAUUGUUAUAGAUCAUGUACACCCAUUUAUGGAAGCAGUGCAGUUGUCUGAAUGUACCUUCAUCGUUUGAGGAACACAACAACGUGUUUGAGGUGUUGACUUGGCCUUCAAAUCUUCCAAAUCUAAAUCCAUUGGACUAAUAUGAAUUCAUAAAGUUGCAGCUAACAGAACUUAGAGGACAUGCUUCUAACAUUUUACAAGAUGCUGCAGCACACCUUCAGCGUUGUAGAGGAGCCUAAGCCUCAAGGAGUCAACAAAAGGGGAACCAGUCCAGUAUUUGGCUGGUGAUCACAAUGAUAUGCUCGACCUUGUUCUCUUUGAAAGAAGAACAACUUUAUAAUUCUGUUAGGGAGCAUAAAAUACACUAUUUUUUAUGUUUUAACUUUGUCGACUUUUGAAUUUAUCUUUGGGCUUUCAGUUUUCCCUCUGGCUAAGUUAUAAUGUGGUGACCUCCACCACAUUAUAAUCUGGACAGCAGGUGUAAAAAUAUAAUAUACCCGAUUUCAGAAUGCCUUGGUUUGUUUGCUCGCAGGGAUUUGAGCCAAAGAAGAUGCUUUCAUUAUUGUUAGUUUUCCCUUUAGUGUCAAAUGCUUAAAGUGCUUUGCUGAAAAGAAUCUACCAUGAUUGUUUCUGUCACUAGAGAAUACAUAAACUGCAUGUUGUAGGCGAGCAGAUGAAAACAACAACACUCAGACAACAGGAUUUAGUUGAACUAAAGAGAUGCAUGUUUAUUUAUUGCCGUUUACUCAAUAUUACUGUGAAAAACUCAAAGUUGGUGAACUAAAACCGCAGUUAAUUUUUAAAGACCUAAUUUUGGGUUUGUCAAGGAGAGCUAAACUGUCAAUGUACAGUAAUGACCUGCUUUAGCUCCAAGGGUUUAUAUCUGUUUCUUUGUCUGCCGUCUACAGACAAACAUUUCAAUUAUCUCUUUUGCCUGAUAUUUUAUGAAAAAUAGGAUUUUUUAGUUUGUAUUUUCCUUUCUGCAUGGUUUUAGGUGUACCUUUUUUCCUUCUACGUUCUUUUAUUUUGUCUAACGUACAGAAUUGGUCACUGUAAAAAGCUAAUUGUGAGGACUGGGUUAGUAGAAAGCUCAUUGCCAAACAUGAGAUUUAAAAUUUAGAAAAUUAAAAUUUUCAGACCCUUCCACCAAACUGUGAGUGACAUCUUCUCUGUGGAUGUUGGAAAACAUUUACUUUUUAUAUUUGAUAUCAUUAUUAUUACUUUGCUAAGCUUGUUAAGCUUAACAUAUGCAUGUAAAUGUGGAGCCAAAGAGCCACAACACAGAGAACACCGAUCCCAUGUCGCAGCAGACCCAGUCAUAUUUUAAAAACACACUGAAUGAACAUUGUUUUGGACGGACACGACGCUGAAGGACGUCAGUGGAGGGAUAUAUUUAAAGGAAAAUGGAAAAUAGAGACCUUUCAUCCCCCAGUGUGGGGGAACCUGUCAGUUAUUAACUACCAACUGAGAGAACAACUUUACUUUACGGAACAUUUUCUUGUCAAAUGUAUUUAUACACAGUAGUAACAUCCAGUUGCUUUAUCUACUGUAAAUAAACAAUAUCACUAUGCAUGUUUA